AUGAAUUCCGUCGAAGAUCUACUGCAGCUUCAGCCAAAGAUUGAUGCGCUAGAGAAGGAGCGCGAUGACAUUGCGAGGAAGGUUCAGGCGGUUGCGCGAACGGAGGGCGAACAGGUGGACGAUUUCGAGGCGCUGAACAGCAAGCUCGCCGGGAUUGCAGAGGAAAUCAGCGGUGCAAGGACGCUUGAGGAUGUGCAACGGCUGAGAGACAACUACGGGGAGCUGGCGAUCCUGGACAGGGCAGAAACGCUGUUAAGGGAGCGCGAGGCGGGCGAGCGCCGCGCGCAGAACGCGUGCACGCUUGCCGCCGUCACCGAAAAGCUGGGGCGGGCGGCUGAACUGGACUACUGCGAUCUGGAAGCGCUUCACGCUGAGCUCGAACCGCUGGCACGGAGUGCAGACGCUGCGCCGCAGGUGGAGCAGUUCAACGAGCUGUUGACGGAGCGUGCGAGGGUGCCGCGGCGGGACCUGGAGCACGAACUGCUGGAAAGACGCUGUGAUACUGAGCUCUUUGUGUCGACGGAUGACUCGGUGCACGAGCUUCGAGAAAAGGCGGGCCUGCUAUUCCAACUUUCGCAGCUGUUACUGCCGGAGCCACGGGCGGACCAGCUCUGGAACUUCGUCUGCAUGGCGAAUAACUUCCGGAUUAAGUUCAUCUACCACUUCACUAGUCCCUCUGCGGAGUCUGAACAACAGUCCAUUGAGAACUACUUCAAAUUUCUGGACAAGUACUUGUCCGAGAAUCUCUACAAGUAUAUGGACAUUUUCGAGGACGAGAGUAAAGGCAUUACCAGGACGCUUAUUCACAAACAGUUUAUCAAUCACAUUCUUGAGCCCGUUAGAGAGAAGGUCAACGUCACCAUGACGAAAAUAGCUGCCUCCAAUUCGGCCAGCGACGUGAAGAUGCUGGUGCUAUUGAUUUCCGAAAUAUUUAUUACAGACAACGCUUUAAAGAAGAGUCACUACUACGAUGGCGUUGGGCUUGUAUCCCUGAUUGAUGAAGCCGCGCUGGAGGUAUGGCAGAACUUUGAAGUAGAAUCUGCUGUAAGUCAAUUUGAAAAACUAACAACACCAGGUGCCUCAUUGAUGUCACCCAAAAAUGGCGCGGACUUUGGGAAACUUCUGGAGAAUAUGUACCGGUAUUUGGAGCCCUUUUUCAGCAUCGACUAUCGUAAUUUAUUUUCAGUGAAGUACCAGUUGGUGGACGAGAUAUUCAUCCAGCUUCCCUUGAAGUACCGUUCAUUUCUUCUAUCGAAAAAUAUCCUCCAAAAUGAAUUGACCGCCGAGCAACAGUUUGAGAACACCUGUGUGAAGCUCCACAGCUUGCUUCUCAUUUCCAACAUACUUGUGAGGUUUUCCCAUGACUUCACAUUUAUUGAAAUGACCCAACAGAUUAACAAAAUCACCGAUUCAGAUUAUGAGUAUAUAUUCGAUGAAGUAUGGGAAAGUUACGAUGAGGCCGUUAUCGUACUCAGAGAUUCGAUAGUCCACAGGUGGGUUAAGGGUCUCAGCAGCAGCCUGCGGAAUUAUUUCAAGUACAACGAAUGGGACUCGAUCGCUACAGCCCCUGAGCAAUGUAGUGCGGAGCUUGUGGGGGCCCUGGCUUGGAUGAAGAAGAUGACAGACAUUUUUGAUAAAUAUUGGUAUCCGCAGCAUAUUAUUGCUCAGAUCAAGGUGGCUCUCCUAGAGAAUAUUAUCAAAUUCAUGCUAAACUACGUGGUAAAGUUGAAUAAGUUCAGCGAAAAUGGUCUCAGACAGCUAACAUUCGACUACGAAGCCUUAAGGGCAACACUAGGGCUGCCACUUGAGCAUAGUUCAGUGGCCGAAGAGCUUGCAUUAUUUGAAUACUUCAACAUACUCAGUAUGAAGUAUACCAAUAAUAAAAUUACGUCAAAGUUCUUGGAUGCCGAGUAUGUUUCAAGCCAUCACACAAGGAAUUUCAGAGAGCUGAGAGAAUCGUUGCAAGUAAGCCAUUUAACAAGCGACGAGAUUGCUGAUGCAUUGUAUAGGACAUUGUGA